GCGUGAGUCUGGGAUGUAACUUAGCGUAUACAUCCGUCGCUUGUUGGACCAGCGUUUAUUUAGUUUAUUUAUUUAGUUACACUACAACAGAAUGAAUGAGCCCGAAGGACUGCGGUUAAGGAGGUUGAACAGACCUCAAGUAAUUAGAGAUGAAGCCCAUGAACCCCAGUACAAAAGCACAAGUCAGCAUCCCUGACAUCCCUGCUGGUAUGUGUGUGUGUUUCAGCACUUACAGUGGGAAGGUGUUUCGUGUGACAUUCCUGACACUAGUGUCUCUCGUGCUCUUCCCACUGCUCGUGCUCGUGUUCCUGCUGGAGUCUCCCAUUCAUCCAGAGGUGUUCAGUCUGAAUGAACCCCCUCUGAUGACUGGCUGUUACGAGCCCAACCUAAAACUCAGACAGGCCGAGCGACUGUUUGAGGACCUGCUCAUCGGCCCAGAAUCCCUUGCUAACAUUGGAGAUGUUUUCUACACUGGGACGGCGGAUGGAAAGAUCCUCAAAAUCGAGGGAAGGAACAUUCAUGUGUUAGCAACGCUUGGCAAGCCACCGUGUGGCUCUCAGGAGCAUGAACACACCUGUGGACGUCCUCUGGGAAUCCGGGUGGGUCCUAAUGGCACCUUGCUCGUAGCGGAUGCCUAUUUGGGACUGUUUGAGGUCAAUCCUGUCACCGGUGAGGUGAAGUCUCUGGUGAGCACAGGGAAGAUGAUCGGGGGUCAGCGUCUGGGUUUCGUCAAUGAUCUGGACGUGACUCGGGAUGGGAAGAAGGUGUACUUCACGGACUCCAGCAGCAGAUGGCAGCGCAGGGACUUCAUGCACCUGAUCAUGGAAGCCACGGCAGAUGGACGUCUGCUGGAGUAUGAUACCGAGAGCAGGGAAGUGACCGUGAUGAUGGAGAACCUGAGGUUUCCAAACGGCAUCCAGCUCUUCCCUGAUGAGGAGUCUGUUCUCGUGGCUGAAACCACCAUGGCCAGAAUAAGGAGGAUUCAUGUUUCGGGUCUCAUUAAAGGAGGGAUGGAUACAUUUAUAGACAACCUCCCGGGAUUUCCUGACAACAUCCGGCGCAGUUCUUCUGGUGGAUACUGGGUCUCCAUGUCCGCUGUGAGACCCAACCCUGGCUUCUCCAUGCUGGACUUCCUGUCCCAAAGACCCUGGUUAAAGAAGCUCAUAUUUAAGCUGUUCAGUCAGGACACUCUGCUGAAGUUCGUGCCGCGCUACAGUCUGGUGGUGGAGCUGCAGGACGGAGGGUCAUGCGUGCGCAGCCUCCACGACCCACACGGCAUGGUGGCGGCGUACAUCAGCGAGGCGCACGAGUACAACGGCCAGCUGUACCUGGGCUCCUUCCGCUCGCCGUAUCUGUGCAAGCUGGAUCUGAGCAAAGUGUGACACAUCACCAGCCAUUUCACCCUGGCUUCCACACAAACAGAUUCUGAAGCUAACAUCAACAAGACUUACUAACAACACAGUCCCUUCGUCUGAUCACCGUUCUCUUCAUUUAGCUCUGAUAGAUGCCUGUGCUUUUGUUCCAUUAACCCAUGUGGGUGACUUUCUUUCUUUUUUUAGAGACGUGCAGUGUGUAAUAAGCUCUCUGACAGGCUGUUGUUUUUUUUUUUAUCUUAAGAAGUGCCAUUACUAUUUUAGUUUUUCCCCCUCGUGACAUAUUUUCUGCAGUUUCUGUACAUGCAUUAUUUGCACCGACUGUCUUCUGGUCCUUAAAAUAGAGCUGCUAACAGUUUGUGAUACAAGGCACUGUGAUACAAAACGAGAUGACUGGUAAAAACAUUAAUAAUUUCCGUGGGUGGCAUCAUCGAGAUGCUGUUUAGUGGAAGUGAAAGGGUAUUUUGAUGUCAUUAUUAAAUGAAUCUGCUGAAACACACUACUAUAAUUAUCUCCGGUUCUAGAAAUGCUCCGGCGUUUGAAUGUUUUGGUUCGUUUUUAAUUGAGUGGUUGAAAUCACCAUUUGUAUAUGUUGCUGAAACGAGAUCUGCGUCACUCUCGGCUGGUUUCGUAGUAUUUAGCACACCUUUACACAAGUAUCUGCGUGUUUUCAGUUCAUAUUUACGUCUUUAAGAAUUAUCAGCAAUAAUAUACGUUAACCGUGGUUCUCAACUGGUGAGGUGUGACCCACGUGAUUGGACAACAGUGAGGAAAAGAGAACAAUGCUAAACUGAAAUAAUAAAUUAAUCAAUUUUGGGUAGUUGGGGAAGCAAAAUAAAUUGGCUUAAAGGAAUAGUUCGCUGAAAUUUACUGAAAAUGUACUCACCCUCAGGUCAACCAAGAUGUAGAGAUUUGGAGAAAUGUAGCAUUGCAACACUUGCUCACCAAAAGGUUCCUCUGCAGUGAAUGGGUGCCGUCAGAAUGAGAGUCUGAACAGCUGAUAAAAACGUCCACAAGUAACCCACACAGCUCCAGUCCAUCAGUUAACAUCUUGAGAAGAGUAAAGCUGCGUGUUUGUAAGAAACAAAUCCAUCAAGACGUUCAAACUUCAAAUCAUUGCUUCUUGCUAAAAUAGUCCUCCAUCCAUAAUGUUAUUUUCUCCAAUGAAAAAGUUGUCUCGUCCGAAUCAGGAGAGAAAUAUGCACAGAUCAAGCUUUUAGAAACAAAAACAGUCCAAAAAUGGAUUUCGAUGUCAAGAGGAACAACAAUGAAUGUUUUUUUCACUGGAGGAAGUGUUAUUAUGGACCUGAAGCUAUUUUGGCCAGAAACGAUGGUUUGACGUUAAAAUGCCUUAAUGAUCGAUUUGUUUCUUACAAACACAGCUUUACUCUUCUCAAGAUAUUAACUGAUGGACGAGUGCUGUGGAUUAUUGUGUUGUCUUUAUCAGCUGUUUGGACUCUCAUUCUGACGGCACCCAUUCACUCCAGAGGAACCUUUGGUGAGCAAGUGAUGUAUGCUACAUUUCUCCAAAUCUGCUCUGAUGAAGAAACAAACUCAUCUAGGUCUUAGACGACCUGAGGGUGAGUACAUUUUCUGUAGUUUAAAGAUUACAGAAUAAUGUUAGCAGCACCAAAUUUGAGGGUUUGAAGCCCAGAGAAGGGCAAUGGAGUCAGUGGAAGAUGUUGAAUUCAAGCUUCUGACAAAAAUAAGUCAUUCGACAUUAAAGAUUGUGUGUCUCGAACUUGCAGUUGUUUGAUCUAAAAAUAAUUUAUGAACAAAAAAAAUGUGCUAAAUAAAAAAAUAUAUAAUAUAAAUAAUGCUUAAUGUUGCGUUGUUUUAUUAGACAUCAAAAUAUAUAUUCUAACAAUUACAUUUUCAAAUGUACAUCAAUGAAUGGUUUACUAUCAAUGCAUUUCAUUUUAGUUUUAAGAGCAAUUUGUCACUUUUUUGUGAUAAUGCUUUGGUUGCUGCUUCUGAAACAAAUCCAGCUGAGACCCACUGUCCCAUCAGAUGCAUGUACCCACCUAAUGGCCAUAUGGAGUUAUGAAUCUAGGACAAAUAUGGCAUCCACAUUCCCAAUAACAUAUAGUAAAAGGGUAGUCACAAAAAAAAAAAAAAAUCAAUAAAUCAGUUCAUACAAA